CUUUCGGAAAUCACACUCAGUUCACCAUUCGAUCUGUUCACAAGUGCAUUCACUUACGAAACAAACGCUUUCAAAGCUUUUAAAACGAACAUCACAAGUUCUCAAAAUCAUCAGAAAAACAUUCGAUAAAAUUCGAUCUCAGUGCCGUAGUGCUCAGUGCCAUCAACAACAGCAAAAAAAACAAACAAAUCAGUGAAAAUGCAUUCCCACGGAUACAACGUUGUGCACAGCAACAACAGCAUCAACGAAAACAAAUACAACAACGAGAAGCUGAUGAAGUCCUCGCCAGUGUACAAAAUCAAGAAAAUCCUGAAGCCAAUCGCCGCUCUGCUCAAGAGCAAGAAGGCCGACAAGCAGCAGAAGGAACAGGAACACUUCUACGUUCCCGAGAACCAGUUUGUCCCGGAUUACGACUACGACAACAGUGCCAACGAGCGGCUCGAGUCUCAGCUACUGGCUGAGAUCGCCGAGUGCCAUGCCAACGCUGCCAUCUUCGUCUACGAGGAUAACCAGGUCCACAUCCAGCCCGUCCAGCCCGAGGAGCAGUACGUCCCGGUGCACUUCGCCCGCACCGAGGCCGGUACCUUCUUCUGGACCACCACUGCCCGUGAGGCCGAUAGCGACCUCAUCCCGGCCUGCAAGUGCGCCUCCGAUCUCCAGCUCCCUCAACAGGAGUUCUGCGAUAGAUGGGCCCAAGCUUAAAUCCCCGAGCGCUUCCUCCGAGCUUCGUUUUUUGUUGACUCACUCCGGCUACUCGAUCCUGACUGAUACUUACAACAAAAUCAUGAUCUCUUCCAUUAGUUAGUGCGUAGGAAUUAAGGGACAAGCUUUAAUAGGUUAAUAAGUUGGCAGCUUUAAUUUUAAUUGUGAUAUUAGAAAUCUAAGGCUAAUUGUGAUCCAAUGUCUUCCAUUGUUUAUCUUUAAAAAAAUAUACAUAAGAAAGCAAAGCAAA